CACUGACAUUGAAAUAAAACAAGGAAAAGGUCAAGAUCAAGCAUACAAAAUAUUUUGGAAUGAGAGGGUAAGAAAAAUGGCCAAAAACAGAAAUAUCUCUAACAAAGAAAUCUAUAGGCGUACUAAUGAAGAGUGGAGACUUCAUCGUUCAAAGCUUCUGGUAAACCAUGCAGGCAAGGAAGACCUGGUCAAGGACCUGGUGACACCCAACAACAUGCAAAGAACAGAAGAUGGACCGAAAGCAAAGAAGAUGAAGGCUGCAACAGUGCCGUCCAACAUUUCUCGCGUGAAAAUCGCUUCGGCCAAGAUAGAAAACUUGCAAGCGGAAGUAAAUUUGAAGACCGAAGUUCUGAAAAAAACAGUCGAUAGUGCAGCUAGAAAAGACAUUCUAACUGCCUUGUCACAGUUGCAGACGUGUCUAGACACAUCAUGUGCCGAAUUGCGAAGAGCACAGGACGCACUUAGAAAAAAUUUGAAAAAGCUGGAACUAUCAAAAUGUAUGACAGACAAGGAAACGGAAAAAGGAACUUAGAUAGCUUUCUAGAUUUUAAACUGUUUAUAAAGAAACUUUGUUCCUGUCUCUGACAGUCUGACGUUGUCGUUGUGUUAAUUUGUUAUACAGCCGCUACGUUAAGAAAUUAACGACUCACCAAAUUGGUUGCAUAAAGUUAACAAUUAACAAUUAUUAAACAUGCAAUGCAUAAUUGUUAUUUUCAUGUGAAAAUAUAUAAUAUAUAGCUUUAUUGUUUUACAUAACUUGUAAAUAACUAUUAAAACAAAGAAAUUUUGUUUUAAAAAAAAAUAAUUAAAGUUAUUUUGUUAGUUAUGUAUAGCAAUAAUGUGAUAUGUUGGUUAUUGACUUAAAACAAUUUUUUUCACCCUCUCCCCUGGACUUCCAAGACCCCCUCCCCUGGAUUUCCAAACAAUUUUAUCGACCCCUCUCCUGGAUUUCCAAGCGAUUUUAUCGACCCCUCCCCUGGAUUUCCAAGCGAUUUUAUCGACCCCUCCACUGGAUUUCCAAGCGAUUUUAUUGACCCCUCCCCUGGAUUUCCAAGCGAUUUUAUCGACCCCUCCCCUGGAUUUCCAAGCGAUUUUAUCGACCCCUCCCCUGGAUUUCCAAGCGAUUUUAUUGACCCCUCCCCUGGAUUUCCAAGCGAUUUUAUCGACCCCUCCCCUGGAUUUCCAAGCGAUUUUAUCGACCCUCCCCUGGAUUUCCAAGCGAUUUUAUCGACCCCUCCACUGGAUUUCCAAGCGAUUUUAUUGACCCCUCCCCUGGAUUUCCAAGCGAUUUUAUCGACCCCUCCCCUGGAUUUCCAAGCGAUUUUACCGACCCCUCCCCUGGAUUUCCAAGCGAUUUUAUCGACCCCCUCCCUGGAUUUCCAAGCGAUUUUAUCGACCCCUCCCCUGGAUUUCCAAGCGAUUUUAUCGACCCCCUCCCUGGAUUUCCAAGCGAUUUUAUCGACCCUUCCCCUGGAUUUCCAAGCGAUUUUAUCGACCCCCUCCCUGGAUUUUCCAGUGUCCUCAACCCCCCCUGUGCGGAUAAUAAAUGCAAUCUGCCAUUCUGCAAUAGAAAUUUUGAGUUCGAAGAACAAAAAUGGAGUACAGGAUAAAGACAUGGCAAGCCAGCGUACUACACCAAUGUUGAGUGUUUCCCACAAAUAUGUUACAACUUGUAAGUAUAUAUAUUUUAACAUGUUUUGCCUGGCGGAUAUUAAAAACAAAGAUAAUUUUGGAAAAACCAUUGGGCCAACAACAGCCAAAGAUUUGUAGAUUCCUAAUCCUGGAAAGCCAAUGAACUCACAUUUUACGACAACAUAUUGGAUGGACAACAGUCACACAACAAUCAUUACUAAUUGUAAUUUAUUAACUGUAGGAAAAUUUCCUCCAAAAGUGAUACAGAGAUGAG